AUGUCGAGAAGAUCUCAUCAUGAUAAUGUUGAUGUUGACAGUGAAGUAGGUGAUCGUGAUCGUCAUCGUCGAACAGCUCAAUCCGAUCGUGGUCGUUCUCCAUCACCAUUGGCAUCCAAACGUGUUCGUCAUAAUAAGGAUGAAGAACACGGUGAAAAAGAAUUAAUCAAUGAAAUUUCUUCAUAUUCAAAUGCUGAAAUACAUCGAAAAGAAAAAUCUCAAGGUUCAGUUCAGUUCGAUAAUCUUUAUGCCUCAUUAUUACCAUCAAGUGAUUAUUAUGAAAGAUCGUACAUGCAUCGUGAUGUCGUUACACAUGUUAUUGUUACUCAAACAGAUUUUCUAAUAACUGGUUCUCAAGAUGGUCACAUCAAAUUUUGGAAAAUUAUUACUCCAGAUUAUCUUAAACAACAACAAACUGCAGCAACAUAUCAAUCAACAAGACCAAACGAUGAAAAAGAUCCACAUGAAAAUAUGGGUCCUGGUCCAAUUGAAUUCGUUAAACAUUUUCGUGCACAUUUAGGUCCAAUAUUAACAUUAUGUGUUAAUUCAUCAGGAACAUUAUUAUGUUCAACAUGUAGCGAUCGAACAUUGAAAAUGUUUGAUGUUUUAUCAUUUGAUAUGAUUACAAUGGUGAAAUUAGAAUUUGUACCAUUAAUGUGUUCAUUUGUUCACUCAUCACGUCAAGCUUUAUCAACAUUAGCUGUUUCUGAUAGUCAAUCAUCAACAAUAUAUUUAUACGAUGGACGAACAUUAAAUAUCAAGGAACCAAUUGGAAUUAUUUCGAAAAUCGGUCAUGCAGCACCUGUUUCAUUAAUCAGUUAUUGUCCCAAAUAUGAUUUAGCAAUAUCAUGUGAUCAAUCAUCAAUCAUUAAUUAUUGGUCACCAAAUGAUUUACAAAAUCUUCCAUCAGAAGUUUCAUUCAAGUCCAAAUUAGAUACAGAUUUAUUUGAAUUAGUUAAAAAUAAAUUAAUACCAGUGGCAUUAGAAUUCAAUUCAUCCGGUGAUCAAUUUGCUUUGAUUGGAAAAUCAACAACACAACGCAAAUUAUAUCUAUUUGAUACAUUAACAGGAAAGAAAUUAAAAAUCUUCGAUGAACAUUUAGAUGUUUAUAAACAAUUACAUGAACGUUUACUAAUCAAACAACAAGAGAAUGAAGAUAAAAAAUCGAAAUUAAUUCUUUUAAAUAAUGUGGAAUAUUCACGACGUUUAACAAUUGAGAAAGAUUUAGAAAAACAUGAUUCGAUUUAUUCUUUAAUUAAUCUACAAUUUGAUUCAUCAGGAACAUUUCUUUUCUAUUCAACUUUAUAUGGAAUUAAAAUGUUAAAUUUACGAACAAAUUCAAUUCGACAUUUCUUUGGUACAACUGAAAAUGCACGAUUUAUUCGUUUAGCACUUUAUCAAACACGUCAAACAUCGGAUCAAGAUUUUAAUCCAACAAUUCUUUUCUCAACUGCUUACAAAAAGAAUCGAUUUUAUCUUUUUACAAGAAAUAAUCCACAAGAUAGUCGAAGUGAACAUGAUAAUGAUCGUGAUGUUUAUAAUGAAAAACCAUCACGUGAAGAAAUCUUAACAGCAACAGAAGAACAAGCUUUAUCAUCAUUAUCUCAAUCAGCAAUUAUUCAUACAACAUAUGGUGAUAUUCAUGUUCGUCUCUUUCCGGAAUUCGUUCCGAAAACUUGUGAAAAUUUUAUUCAACAUUCCAAACAAUCCUACUAUAAUAAUUGUAUCUUUCAUCGUGUUAUUAAACAAUUCAUGAUUCAAACAGGUGAUCCCUUGGGAAAUGGAACCGGUGGUCAAUCAAUUUGGGGUAAAGAUUUCGAAGAUGAAUUUCAUCCACAAUUGAAACAUGAUCGUCCUUAUACAUUGUCAAUGGCAAAUGCAGGACCAAACACAAAUGGAAGUCAAUUUUUCAUCACCAUUGUUCCUUGUCCAUGGUUAGACAAGAAACAUACAAUUUUCGGAAGAGUUUCCAAAGGAAUGGAUGUUGUCGAGAAAAUUUCUCAAACAAAGACAGAUAAACAAGACAAACCAUUAGAUGAAAUUAAAAUUAUUUCGAUUUCUAUUAAAUAA